AUGACCGCGAAGCGCCGAAACGAAGAUGGAUCUAUCACCCAGCAUCCUAUCUACCAUCCUGGACUGUCGGCAUUUUGUCACGAAUGCUUUGAGCCCGGUGUUGCACAGAGUAAUGCCUCAAAAGCUAACUCCUUCAAAGUCCGAAAGCUUGGUCCAAGCAUGUACAAUCAUGCUAGAGCUCCAGGCGAAGAUGGAUUGGUGGGAGGUGGAAGGUCUGCGAGAAAGGACAUUUGUGAAAGGCGAUAUGAUAAUAUCGCACAAAAUGUUGCUGAAGAGAUAGCUGCAGAAGUCGAAGCACAACGACGUCAGAGGGAAAGGGAAGAAGCUGUGAUGGCCGAAGCCAGCACCUACACUUAUCUUGGACUGGACCCCAACAAUCCUGAGCACAGGACACACGUUGAAAGUCUCAGGGCUUUGGGUUCCGCAGUUCCAGCAUCUGCUCCAGCUCCAGCAGCCGCUGCAGCACCAGCAGCCUCAGCAGAAUCUACCUCUGAGGACGAUGAAGGCAGCGUAUCAAGGCGGGUGAAGAGAGCGAAAAGGGGAAAGAAGAAGGGCAGUUACUAG